AUGUCUAAAUACGCCAACACCUUGUUUGAUGAUGAAAGUUUCGAAGAUACGAGCACGAGCGAAUAUACAACUGUUGGAACGACUUUCUCCGAAAACAACAUGAAUAUCUCUUCUUCACUCGAAGACCUACAGACCGACGAGCAGCGUCGUGUUCUCGACACCGUUGCCCAAGUCCGAAAAUGCGGUCUCGAAAGCAUCCUCUCGCUGCCCCAGCUUGUGGUCUGUGGUGACCAGUCUGCUGGCAAGAGUUCAGUUCUCGAAGCUUUGACUGAAAUCCCUUUUCCUCGCGAGGACAACCUCUGCACCCGUUUCGCCACCGAGAUCAUUCUUCGGCGAGCGACCACUAAUAAGCUUACCAUUAAAGUGAUCCCGGACGAUACGAGACCUGCUUCGGAGCAGGCCUAUAUCAAGACUUUUCAAGAGAGUAUCACGGACUUUGAGGACCUGCCCAGGGUCAUGACUUUAGCAAAGCAGGUCAUCGGCAUAGAUCAAAAGGAUGAUUCUGAUUCUGGCUCCGGGCUCAGUGCUUUCGCCCGUGACGUCCUCAGCAUUGAGGUGGAGGGACCAUCCCGCCCACAGCUUACCCUUGUUGAUAUUCCCGGACUGAUCGCGAAUGCAAAUCCUUCCAAAGGCGUGACGGAGGCAGAUGUCAAGGCAGUCGCAGAGAUCACCGAUCACUACAUCUCACAACCUCGAACCAUCUGCUUGGCUGUCAUUGCCAGCACCAAUGACCCUGCGAAUCAGCCCAUUCUCACCAAGGUGAGGAAUUACGAUCCUGAGGGAGACCGGACCUUGGGUAUCAUCACCAAACCUGAUCGUCUUUCCUCUGGAUCUGGAAGUGAGAAAGCGUUCAUUUCCUUGGCGCAGAAUGAGGACUUCUUCUUCAGACUCGGCUGGCAUGUCCUGAAGAAUCGAUCCCACGAGGAGAGAGAAUUCUCUCUCAUGGAACGAAAGAUGGCCGAGGUUGCAUAUUUCCGCAACUCGAACUUCAAGGUUCUGCCUAAGGAGUCUGUCGGCAUCGACACACUGAGAACGAAGCUCAGUGGUCUGCUCUUUGAUCACGUCAAGCAUGAACUCCCAAAGCUACGACAAGAUCUGGAGGAUGCUCUCACAGACACCAACCAGCAGCUUGGUAUGUUGGGCGAGCCUCGCUCUACCCCGGCCGAUUGCAAGACGUAUCUGGCCAAGAUGAGUCAAGAGUUUCUCAAAAUCUGCAGUGCAGCAGUGGAUGGGCAUUACGAAGGAGAGUAUUUUCAUAACAAUGUCGACCGCCAAGAAGAAUUCCGUGAAGAUUCUACCGAGAUCUCAAUCUCUCGCAUCCGUGCCGUCGUCCAAAAUCUGAAUUCAGAAUUCGACGCGCUGUUCCGAAUGAAUGCGCAUAAGUAUCAUGUCGACCUGGACAAAGACGGGCUAGCACCCUACAACCCGGACUCCGCGAAAGAGUUCAAACACCGCUUCCACCCCGAUUCCAUCACCCCUAUCCGUAUGAACAAGGACAAAGCCCUAAAAUGGGUCGGUGCAGCCCAAGCACAAGCCCGUGGUCGCGAGCUCACCGGAAACUACAACCCCCUCCUAGUCGGCGAGCUAUUCUGGGAACAAGCCUCAAAGUGGGAAGCUUUUGCAAAGGAGCACAUCGAUACUGUAUCCCGUAAAUGCAGCCACUUUUUGAAAACGCUCCUCCACGACAAAUGCCCCAAGGACAUCGAGACCCGUCUCUGGGACUCGCAGAUCCACGAUGCGUUGAAGCGCCGCGGCAAAGCUGCUGGUCAGGAGCUGGCGAUAAUCAUGAGUGAGGUCAAAGAGUAUCCGAUAAAUUACAACCAUUAUUAUACGGAUAGCAUCAAAGGACGACGACAGAAUCGGCAAAAGGCGGCAUUGAAGCAGACGGUUUGUAACGCGAGUAGCUCCAAGGAGAUCUUGGAUGCAUACGGGAAGGUUGUUGAUACUUCCACCAGUAUUGACUUGGACAAAGUGGUCGAUGAGUUGGCCAACAGCAAUGAUAAGGACAUGGGAUCUUUCAGUUGCGAAGAAGCUCUCGAUUGUCUUUUUGCCAUCUACAAAGUGACACAAAAAGUCUUCAUCGCCAACGUCACGACGCAAAUCAUCGAACGCCACAUCGUGCGCGGCCUCUCGGAUAUCUUCUGCCCCGUCGUCGUGUCCAGCAUGUCGGAUACGGAAGUCGAGGCCAUUGCCGCGGAGCCUGCCAGCGCGAAGCGCCAGCGCGAGUUCCUUGAAGAUCGGGUGCGGAAGCUGGAGGAUGGGCAGGAGAUUUUUAGGGGCGUUAUGGGGGGUAGGGGGUGA